GCGCGCUUCUCCAGCCUCAGCCAGCCCCGACUCUGUGGGUCGGGUCCCUUUGAGGAAGUGCCGGAAGCGGAAGUUUCUAAGAGGUUGGGGAGUUGUUUGGGGACUGUGGGAUUAUCUUAGUUGUAGGUGGGUUCGCGUCGCCGGCUGUCUGAGCAGGUGAAGCGCCUUUGUGAGACCUCUUCAAUCUUGCCGUCCCGGCUCAGUCAGGAUCCCGACCCCGAACCUUAGCCUGCGGGCUCUGGUACCUAGUGAUCUGACUCUUCCCUAGGGUCCUGGUGAAGAUCCUGGGUGUCCCUUGUCUCUCCCCUGGAGUGAGGCCCCUUCGGCUUCCCAGUGUCCCCGUAGACCCUCGCCAUGGGCAACACGAGCAGCGAGCGCGCUGCGCUGGACCGGCAGGGCGGCCACAAGACACCCCGAAGGGACAGCUCGGGGGGCUCCAAGGAUGGAGACAGGCCCAAGAUCCUGAUGGACAGUCCCGAGGACGCCGACCUCUUUCACUCUGAGGAAAUCAAGGCUCCAGAGAAGGAAGAGUUCCUGGCCUGGCAGCACGAUCUGGAAGUGAACGACAAAGCUCCCGCCCAGGCUCGGCCAACUGUUUUUCGAUGGACGGGUGGUGGAAAGGAAGUUUACUUGUCUGGGUCCUUUAACAACUGGAGUAAACUUCCCCUCACAAGAAGCCACAAUAACUUUGUAGCCAUCCUGGAUCUGCCGGAAGGAGAGCAUCAGUACAAGUUCUUUGUGGAUGGUCAGUGGACACACGACCCUUCCGAGCCAGUCGUCACCAGCCAGCUUGGCACAGUCAACAACAUCAUUCAAGUGAAGAAAACUGACUUUGAAGUGUUUGAUGCUUUAAUGGUGGAUUCCCAAAAGUGCUCCGACGUUUCUGAGUUGUCCAGUUCCCCGCCGGGACCCUACCAUCAGGAGCCCUACGUCUCGAAACCAGAGGAGCGGUUUAAAGCGCCUCCCAUCCUCCCACCACAUCUCCUCCAAGUCAUCCUAAACAAGGACACGGGCAUUUCUUGUGAUCCAGCUUUGCUGCCUGAGCCCAACCACGUCAUGUUGAACCACCUCUAUGCACUCUCUAUCAAGGAUGGAGUGAUGGUGCUCAGCGCGACCCACCGGUACAAGAAAAAAUACGUCACCACCUUGUUAUACAAACCCAUAUGAAGAGGUGGGAGCCGCCAGGGGCCCAGGCGCAGCGUGCACCUCCAGGCUCCACGUAUGCAUGCUCUUCGCUAGACGGAACGGACUGUAAAUUUCCCAUUUCACACUCUUUAUAAGGCAUUUCAUACCCGCCCUACACCUGCCUGAAGGUUUGUUCCAGACACAGCAGCUCCUGAAGCGCCUCGGUCUGUAACAGUGCCCUCAGCACCCAGUGGCUGUGAGCCCCGGGGCUCCUCGAGGCUGAGGGUGGAGUAGGGGGAGCAGAGGUCUGCAGCUCCCACCCUGCAGUGUGAAGGAUGGUGCAGGCCUAAAUUUAAACCCCAUGAAUGUGGAGAUUUUUCUUAAGCCAAAAAUGAACACUAGCUGAUGAAAGCUGUGCUAGUGAAAAUCUGGGGAGCAGGUCCCGAGGCUGCAGAGAGUCUCUCAUCAGUGGUGUGUUGGUGUUGACGCGUCCCUGCCAGGGCCUGGCCGCAGACCCGCCAGCAAGUGGGUGCUGGUCCUGCCUCUCCUGAAAUCAAGCAAUAGGUCGUCCUCCACUCCCUGCUGCAGGGAGGUGUAUUUCUGUAGAAAUUAGAUCUUGUCUGAUUUCCAGAUGAAGUUUUACAAUUGUUUCUUACGCUUAUGUGCAUCAAGUGGUUUUUGUUUUUUUUAAACCAGCAGUGGCUGACUAUACAGCCUUAGGGCAAUUUUUAAAUCACCCCAACUAGACUCAAUCAUGUGACCUGUGCUGAGCAAUAAUCUGUUCUCAGAACAGACUCAGAAAACCAUGGCCGGAUUCCUCCUUUAAGCUGGGUGAUCCUGCGGACUGACCACUGAUAGCCAGAAGGGUGUCUGGCUUUUUCGGCGAACCGUAACGAGGUGGCACCGUCACCCAGAAAAUUGUGGAGAGGCACCCUGCCCUACCCUGUGCCACCUUGCUUGGGACCCCUGAUGCCUACUCAGCAAAGAGGGCUGCAGCAACUGGUGUUGCUUAUUCUGGAAGGAAGUUAGCAGUCGUGGCCGCCUUGUGAUUUUGUAUCAGGAAGACAUCCUUUGGACCAAAGCAAACCUCUCUACACAGCCGGAGAUGUGCCUGUGACCGAGGCUCCCGUCCCCGGGUCAGCAGAAGCUGUCGUCCGUCUGUGUCCCUGCUGGGAGACGGAGGAGCCAGCUCCCUGGUGUUCAGGACUCGUGCCCUUCUUUGUCACUGUUUUCAAAGCACUGGACAACUGUCACCCUGAUGUACAGGUUCCAAUAAAGCUUUGUAAAGAUAAA